GGCGAUUUCGUGAACAUGCAAGUUAUUGUGGGUCAUAACGGCGCACCCUCGCCAGAGACAAUGUAUCUUUUCAAUGGGGAUAUCGUCGACCGAGGCCCAUACUCUUGCGAGUGCAUUCUCCUGGUCUUCACGUUGAAGAUUCAAUUCUCGAAGUUCGUGUUUGUCAAUAGAGGCAAUCACGAAAGUGAGCCCAUCAACAGAGAAGAGGGUUUCUUUCACGAAGCGCAACUGAGGGUAGGUGAAGAGGUUCUCCAACUAAUCCACAAAUGCUUCAGAAGCAUCCCUCUCGCUACGGACGACGGGAAGUCUUUUUUUGUCAUCCACGGCGGGCUCGCAGUGCAAGAAGGCGGAACGCCGGCUUCGCUUCAAGACCUGCAGAGUAUACAAAGAAGAGUUGACCCGACGAAGGGGCGAGACCUCAUGACGCAACUGUUGUGGAAUGAUCCCUCCCAGGAUCGCGGGGUGACAAAUAGCUCUCGAACUGGCUGGGGUUUGCAGUACGGGUCUGACAUCACGGAUGAAUUCCUCAAGAAGCAUGGCUACAAAUUCGUUGUUCGGAGUCAUCAAGAAAUACCAGGAGGGUUCAAAGAGAAAGACCGCUGUAUUACCAUAUUCUCGGCCAACUUUGAAUGUGCAACAUCAUUAGAGAUUGAGAAAAAUGGAGAUCACAAGUGCCACCGCAUAGAUUCUGUCAAGAGUGAGAAGCAAGAGGAACUCUAUUAUAAGUGGCUUGGUUGGUCCAGUACUUCGGAAGUGAUCCAUCAACACAGCAGUGACUCUGAAUUUCGAAGGACCAGGGCGUAACGAGCGAAUCUUUGAAUUCGUUGGCUUAGCGUGCAAUAGACGAAACACAGGAUUCAUCAUCAUAUUUGUAGCAACUGGAGAUCUUUCGCCCAUUGAUUCCAGUCGCGAUACGACAGAUUCGGUGAAAGUCGAUGCUGCCACAGAUGACGACCAUCACACCUCUGUGUACCGUCCAAAGAGGUUGCAAAGUUGCGUGGCCAACAUGAGAUGCGUAGGGUCUGCUUGCGGGCUUACCGUUGAAAGUGCGACGGUUACAAUGACGUGAAUCUCUGCUCACCUGACCUGCGGACGUAUCGAAUCCAGCGACUCUGAGACCAUCAUUCGACCCAGCGUACAGCUGGAACUCUGAUCCCGACGUGGCGCUGAGUUGCCAAAACAAGGUGUCGAUGAAGCCUGGUAUCUCCUGUGGGCAUCAUUGAAGAAUUCCGCUCCCUACG